AUGUCUCGUGCAGCCAAAGCGACAUUACUGGGCUCUUUAAUCUUUUGUGGAGUGACUGUAUGGGGAGUACACUACUUGCAGCGCAAGGAACUCGAGGAUAUGUACAAAGGAGUGAUCCGAGACGACGAACGACGAGCUGCAAAGCUUCGAGAGCGACAGGAGCUGCUCAAUGAGAGUCAGCGAAAGCGCGAGCUGUACGAAUCUGUGCAAAAAGUUGGAAGAGAAACGUGA